AUGCAACACCAGCGCGCAUUGCCAGGCCCAGAGUGGCCGCCGGGCACCGUCUCCGCCGCCACGCUACCACUGCCCGCCGCAUGUGGCAAGCACACCGCGCUGCGCUGCCAUGUCGCUGGAGAGGUGGUGGCUGCCUCGUCAAAGUCCAAGCGGCUGCUCUUCUUCUCGGCCGCGGACGGCUUCCUGUCGGCCGAGCAGAUUGCGGAGCUGGCUGCGCGGCUGCAGCGCGGCACCACCAUCUGCCUGCUCGCCUACCCCGAGCUGGCGGCGGCGGCGGGAGGAGAGGCGGCGACCGCCGUAGCCGGCGAUGCAGCCGUGGCGCGAAGGGCUUCCGACGGCCGCGAGAUCUGGCGAGGCCGGUCUCGGCUGUGA